AUGGAAGGAGGGGCCACAGCUGAGGGGAAGAGCAAGGAGGGCAAAGGCGAGCCAAACGGUCAGCAGGUUCAGCAGCUUGCGUUCUCCAUCUUUGACGCCGAUGGCGACGGUCUCAUCUCCCUUACCGAACUCGAGAACGUUCUCAAAUCUGUUGGCCAGAAGGUCAACAGGGAAGACCUGAAGACGGUGACCAGCGCGGUGCAGGACCUCACCAGGCAGAGGCUCGGCGUAGCGGCACCCCAGAAGGAGCAGAAGAGUAAGAAGAGCAAGAAGAAGAAGAAGGACAAGGCGAAGGAAGAGGAGGAGGAGCCGCUCACCUGGGACGACUUCGCCACCCUCAUGUCCAUGCCCACCGAAGAAGAAGACAUCAAGACCGUGUGGAAGAUUCUCGACAGCGAGAAGAAGGGCCAGAUCUCGAUGGUCGAUCUGUCGCAGGUGAUGGAGGUGCUGAGCGGCAACACGGAGAAGCUGACCGAGGACCAGCUCGGCAAGCUCCUGCACCUGGCCGAGGCCGAGGACCAGCUCAAGCUCCGGUACCACCACUUCAAGAAGUGGUGGGUCUAG